AUGCCCCACUACAAUGCCAUAUGCAAGCUGGACUUCACUAAUCUGGGAAUUCUAAGUUCUUCCAGCAUCAGGACUGUGGGCUAUGGACACUUAAUCAGACUCAGCUGUGCAUUCCUUUCUAAUUGUUUUGGAUGUAUUUGUCCUGUCUCUGGGGCAAAAUUACAACUUCCUCUGGAGCACAGGCUGUGUUCUUCGGAGGGCUACUGGGAGAGAGGUAGGAGUAUACAGGGGUGGGAGCAGGGCUGUAAACAAAGGAAACGGCACACAUACACACAAGGUUUUACAGUGUGGAAAGUACUCGUGUUUAAUGUAUACCCUCUGCCCUGUGUAACAGCCCUGAGAGUAGGUGUGCUCCAGCAUCAGCCUUCAGACAGCGAAACAGAGACUAAGGCCAACAAGCUGUCGAGGAAGGAGCUGAGUAGCAGAUGUAGGGUAAGCCUGGAAUUCCUGACCGCCGGCCACACAGGGCCUCCAGGCUUGCUGACCAGAAAGCCCCGAGCAGAGAAGGCAGAGAGUGAGAGGCUCUCACAUGUUACAUACCCUGAUGGAAAUCUCGGGAAAGAAAACAAGCCUCAGACUGGUCCUUGCCCCAUCACCAGCUCCUUAGGUCACGGAGCAAGAAGUCAUUGUGUGGAAAGAUUCAAUUACCAGCACUACACCUGCUUGGAUAUACUGUGGGCUCCGAGGGAGAAAUCUGUGUCUGCAAUGUUCACCACUCCAGCACCAGGCCCUGUGCCUCACAUCUAGUGACCGGUCAGAACACACUGUUGAAGCGAUGAAUAAUACCUGUCUGCCUACUGAUGAUGACUCCUGGUCCUAACCUAAUAGUAGGGACCACAACCAAGUGGGUAUGGAAUCCAGCACUGAGUCAUCCCACCGAAGUUACAGUGCGACUGUUGCUGACACACUCACAACCACACUAAUAAACAGCUCCGUGGAGAGAAUGCCCUUUAUUUUUAAAUUUUAGGGCCUGCCUGGCCUUUGGCAGCUGUGAAGGACAAAAGCUGAACUUCCUUGUCGCUUGCCAGCUGACAUUGUAGGAGUUCCUUGCUAAAAAGUCCCAGCCUGCCAAUCCUUGAAAAUGUGCCUGUGACCAGUGGGAGUACAUUUAAAGGGAAGGCACACAGUGAGAAAACAGGAAUCCAGUGGUGCAUAAGAACCUUAGGGCACGAGUUUUCUCCCCUCACAGCAUUUAAAGAUCAAAACAGCUGCCUACAGUUAUCUUUAUUUAAACCAAGGGACAUGGUCUCAAGACUAUUUUGACAUGGGAUGAAAGAAACAGGUUUCACUUACCUAUUAACCACUUAACAAUUUACUCCAGUGGUCACUCGGGCAGUGAGUUUGUUUACAUACGAUCUUGAGCAUCGCUGGAGCAGGUGUCAUUUCAACCAGUUAAUUUCUGUACUGAAUCAAUUUGAUAAAAUUCUUUUGUUUUUUUUUGUUUGUUUGUUUCUUUCUCCGGUACCAGGAAUCGAACUUACAA